CUCCAAAUUGCUCGUAAAAUCUCUUAUACAAAGAGGGUAUGGGAAACGCGAAAUAUCAGCUUCCAAAAUUAGCAGUCCGAAGCGUGGUUGACCUUGAAACAAAGGAGACAAGACAAUAAGACAUCCAUUCCCGGUCCAUUGACACACGAGUACAAGAGACGGUUAGGUGCAUGCAUGCCCACCACGCCUCCUACGAUUUAGGACGAGAAGCCAUGGCGCCCGACCAUGCACCGACAUUGCCGUCGCACCGCUCGCCGGGGGCUCUUCCCGUUUAAGUAACUCGCCACUCCCCUCUUUGACGCAUUCCCUCUCCUCCGCUGCGCAGGCCACCGAUCGAUCGGAGGGGCCUUCUAGCUAGCUGCACGACCGUGCGUGGUAGCAACACCUACCAUCGAUCAUCUCUGCUCGAUCCCCUCUCGCGCGCCCGCUGAGCUAGGCCGACGUCGUCGUUGCUUCCUGGCCGGGCAAGAUGCCAGGAGCCGUGAUCGUGCACCACGCCAGGUACAAGACAUACCCUGGCGAUGUCACCGGCUACGUCUUCUACUCCUGUCUCGUCGCCUCCGUCGGCGGCUGCAUCUUCGGCUACGACAUCGGCCUCACCGCCGGUCUGACGUCGACGGAGUCGUUCUUGAUCAUGUUCUUCCCGGACAUCUACCGGCAACAGAAGGAGCAGGUGAUCACGAACCAGUACUGCAAGUUCGACAGCCAGGAGCUGUCCCUCUUCGGCUCCUCGCUCUUCCUCUCCGCCGCCGUGGCCUCCCUCUUCGCCAGCCUCAUGGCGCGAACCUUCGGCCGCAAGUGGACCCUCUUCUCCGCCGCCUCCGCCUACGUCCUCGGCGCCUGCAUGGGCGGCGUCGCAACCACCUUCCCCAUCCUCCUCACCGGCCGCCUCCUCCUCGGCGUCGGCGUCGGCCUGUGCAUCCACGCUUCGCCGCUCUACAUCUCGGAGAUGGCGCCCGCUCAGCAGCGUGGGAUGCUCAACAUCCUGUUCCAGUUCAUGAUCACCAUCGGGAUCCUGUCCGCGAGUCUGGCCAACUACUUUACCGCCAAGUUCAUCGGCGGCUGGGGCUGGCGCGUCGGGCUGGCCCUCGGCGCCGUCCCGGGCGGCGUCAUCGCCCUGGGCUCCCUCGCCAUCCCGGACACGCCCAUCUCCCUCCUCAGCCGCGGCGAGACCGAGACGGCCCGUGCCGUGCUGUCACAGAUCAGGGGCAUCGGGCCCGACGACGUGCGGCAGGAGUUCGACGACCUCGUCUCCGCCUGCGAGGAGAGCAAGGCCGUGGUCAACCCGUGGCGUGAGCUCUUCAUCGGCGGGAGGUACAAGCCGCAGCUCGUCUUCGCGCUCACCGUGCCCUUCUUCCAACAGCUCACCGGCAUCAACGUCAUCAUGUUCUACGCGCCGGUGCUGUUCAAGACGAUGGGGUUCCGGCAGGACGCGUCCAUCGUGUCCUCCGUCAUCACGGGACUCGUCAACGUGUUCUCCACCUUCGUCGCCCUCUGUACCGCCGACAAGGUGGGCCGGCGUGCCCUGUUCCUGCAGGGCGGCACCCAGAUGAUCAUCUCCCAGAUCCUGGUGGGCACCUUCAUCGGGCUCCAGUUCGGCCUCAGCGGGACGGGGGCCAUCUCGGAGCAAUACGCCAUGUGCAUCGUGCUCUUCAUUUGCGUGUACGUGGCCGGCUUCGCGUGGUCGUGGGGGCCGAUGGGGUGGCUCAUCCCCAGCGAGGUGUACCCGCUGGGGGUGCGGUCGCAGGCGCAGAGCAUCACGGUGGCCGUCAACAUGUGCUUCACGGCCUUCAUCGGCCAGAUCUUCCUGACGCUGCUGUGCCACCUGAGGUUCGGCCUCUUCUUCUUCUUCGGCGCCUGGUUGCUGCUCAUGACGCUCUUCAUCGCCGUCGUGCUGCCGGAGACCAAGUGCGUGCCGCUCGAGGAGGUGUCGCACGUCUGGAGGAAGCACUGGUUCUGGAGGAAGUACAUCGUCGACAGCAGCGCCGACGCGCGCGGCGCCGAGAUGAGGAAGAGGAUAGCGCUAGAGAUGAGCUGAUCGAUCUAGUGAUCUCUAGCCAUGGAGGUAUAGGCAGAUCGGAUGAUCGGUGGGUACACUACACGGACCGACACGAUUGGCUGCAGGUACAGCUCUGCUUCAUCGAUGUAGCUAGCACGAGAGCGCGAAUUGGUUAAGCCAAAGUGUGCAGAAUCUAACUAAAUUAACUAGUGUUAUGAUUCUUGUGUUGUAGAAUUGAUCAUAGGAGACUCAUCAUCUUGUAAUUGUUUCAUGUUUGUUUGGUGUCAACUUGUCAGAAAGUUCUUGUAAAGUAUUACCAAAACAAAAAAUGACCAUAAUCUCACUAUAUGGUUACUGUGGUUCA